AUGGAACAGAUCGUCCUGCCCCUGCCACGCGCCGGCGCUCUCGACGAAGAGUGCGAUCCGCUCCUUCAGGCUGUCGGGGAGCGGCACGAUGCACAAUGCUGCCAGAAGGGAAAUCAUCCCGCUCGGUCUGGGCGUAUGCAGGAUGAUGAAGUCGCGGAUAUGCGCCCAUUCCUGCGCCGAUUGGGCGUUGAAGCGCGCCGCCAGCGCUCCUGUAUCGCCGCCGCGAACGGGAAGGAUGGAUCAGCGCAUCACCGCGAUCAUCACCAGAUGGAUGCUGGUCGAUUCCAGCGGCUCGAUAAAGCCCGCCGCCAGCCCCAGCGACGCAAUUGCAGUUCCACGCACGCCGCCGCACGCCCGCGGGGAAACGUAAGGGACGCGGAUCGAACAGCGGCCUCCCCUCGACCUCGCCGGGCAAGCGUCGCCACCGCCUCGUCCUCGCUCAUCCGGUCGCCGCAUAGGCCGUGCCGUUGCCGACCCGGGUCUGGAGCGGGAUCUGCGAAGCGCCAGCCGGCGCGGUGGGCGAUGGCGCGGGUACGGGGAGGCCUCGCGUACCGCCUCGGUCUGCACUGCCACGCCCCUCUGAUCAGCAGCGCGCGAAAGCCGGUGCAGUCGAUAAACAGGUCGCCCGCGAUCCGCUCACCGCGUUCGAGAUGCAGCGCGGCGAUGUCGCCGCCUUCGCCGUCUUGCUCGACCCGGAUGAUCCGCCCCUCGACGGGUCAUCACGCCCGCCGGUUCGGCGAUGGUGCGCAGGAAGCGGGCAUAGGCGGUGGCGUCGAGAUGACAGGCAUAGGCCAAGGUCUUGCCUGCAUCGCGCGCGAACCGGUUUCGGCCGCCGCGCGGGCUUCGCGCGAAUAA